CCCGUCACUCCCGCCAUGCACCGCGCGCGCGGCCUGUGGCGCCCGCCGCUCCCCGCGGCCUUCGGGGCCUCCCGGGCGCUCCCCGCGACCCCCGGGCCGGGUUCGGGACCCCCCGAAGCCCACGGGGACCCGGGGCUGGUCCGCUUCAGCAGCCCCGAGCUGGAGCGGAGGCUGCGGGGCCUGGCGGGGGUGAGGGCACGCUUCGUGAGCGAGGAGGAGGCGGCGGAGCUGCUGAGGGAGGUGGAGCCGGCGCUGAGGAGGGGGCGCUACCAGAGAGACCACUGGGACCGGGCCAUCACCGGUUACCGCGAGACCGAGCGGGAUUUGGGGGGGGUCCUGGGGGGGGCUCUGCUCGCCAGGGUCGCCCCCUGGUUCCCUCCCCAGGCCCCGCCCCGGGCCCGGGCGCACGUGCUGGACCUGGAGCCGGGGGGGGCCGUGGGAGCGCACGUGGACAGCACCAAGUUUUGGGGACCCCUGGAGCUCUCCAUGCUCAGGGGCGCCGCCCGGUUCGAGUUCACCCACGAGAUCCUCCCGGACCCGGAGUCGUUUUUUGGGGGGCUCCGGGUGCCCCGGGGGCGCCGGGUGGCGCUGAUCUUCAGGAACGACCCCCCCGAGACGCCCCCAGACCCCCUCGGUGACCUCCCAGCGUUUAUUGAAGACCCCCGGGAGCCCCCAGACCCAAAAUAA